AUGGCGGAGGAACUGUUACUGGAAAACGAUGCAAAGAUCAGCACGCAUCUUACUAUGCCUCUGCUGGUGGUGGCUUUUCUGGCGUCAUUCGGCAGCUCCAUGCUCUAUGGCUACAAUUUGGCAGUCGUCAACUCUCCUGCACAGUACAUCAAAGAAUUCUACAAUGAGACCAUGAUAGAAAGUUAUGACUGGACUCCGGAGGAGGAGCUCCUCACCGUCUUGUACUCCCUCACCGUGUCGAUCUUUGCUAUUGGUGGGAUGGUCGGGGCCCUGCUGGUGGGCAAACUCGUCACCAAAUAUGGAAGGAAAGGGACGCUGGUGAGAGCCACUGUGCUGGUGUUUAUAGGAGGAGGUCUUAUGGGCUUCAGCAGAUGGUGGAGGAUGCCUGAGAUGGUCAUUAUUGGACGCUUCAUCACAGGAAUACACUCAGGUAUCUCUCUCAGUGUGGUGCCGAUGUACCUUGGUGAGAUCGCCCCCAAGAACCUGCGAGGCUUCCUGGGCCUCGUUCCCAGCAUUCACAUUUGUCUUGGAGUCUUCAUCGCUCAGGUCCUGGGACUCCAUGAACUGCUGGGAAAGGAGGAGCACUGGCCUCUGCUCCUGUCCCUGGUGGUGUUUCCCACAAUGCUCCAGCUUAUGCUGUUGCCAUGGUUUCCAGAGAGUCCACGGUACCUGUUAAUAGAGAAGGGAAAUGUUCAUGCCACCAUCGCAGCCCUCAAAUGGUACCGUACUAAGGGAAACAUUCAGGCAGAGGUGGAAGAGAUGCAGGAGGAACAGCGCUCUCUUUCCUCCAUCCAGACCAUCUCUGUUCGCGGCCUACUCAUGGACCGCUGUGUUCGCUGGCAGGUCAUCACCAUUGCGGUUGUCAACGUUGGCAUGCAGCUGUCUGGCAUUGAUGCGAUCUGGUUCUACACAAAUGACAUAUUUGAGGACGCAGGAAUCCCAGAACCUCAUAUUCAGUACACAACAGUGGGAACUGGUGCCAUUGAGGUCAUUGCUGGGUUGCUGGGGUGCUUUACUAUUGAGCGUCUGGGCAGAAGACCUCUGAUGAUUGGUGGAUUCCUGUUCAUGGGACUCUGCUGUGCUGGGAUCACAGUGUCUGUCUUCUUCCAGGCGCAGCUGUCCUUCAUGCGCUACAUCAGUGUGGGCUGCGUUGUUGGGAUUAUUGCUGGCUUCUGCAUCGGCCCAGCUGGUGUGCCUUUCCUGAUCACUGCAGAGCUGUUUAAGCAGUCACACCGACCGGCUGCCUACACUGUGGCCGGCUGCCUCAACUGGUUGUCCAACUUCACCAUCGGCUUUGUCUUUCCCUUCCUAGAGACAGCUACAGGUCCUUACUGUUACCUGAUCUUCUGUGCGAUCUGCUUGGGAGUGGCCUUGUACACCAUCUUCAUUAUUCCUGAGACCAAGAAUAAAACCUUUAUGGAGAUCAGCCAGAUGUUCGCUGCCAAGAACAACAUCCUCAAAGACGAGCUGACUCCCAAUGGACAUCUCAAAAUGGCUGUGAUGAACGGCUACGGAACCCUUGGCCAACACGACGAAAAAUAAGGAGUGAAGAGGUGGACCUACAUGUAAAUGAUGGUUUUCUUCUCUCAGUGGGCCUUCUUUGUUUUUAAUGACUGAAGAAGCUGUAGCAGAGAUAAAAGGUGGAAUUUCUGUGGCCACGAGGAGAUCUGCUGCUUCAUGUGGAAACUACAAAGACCAAUGCGUACGCAUACACACACAAUCGUUUCUGUUAAUCCCCAGUCAAAGUACAUCACGUGAGACAGAGGUCAUGUGGUCAAGCAUUUCAAAUGAACCAUCAGUGACAUUUUAAUCCAUUUCUCUGCAUCUUAAAGCAUUUUUACAGGAGCUGAAUUGGUUUCUCACAGUGCCCUCAGAUCUUUUAAUAUCCGGAUUAGCUUUACUUUGUUUGAAAACGCCCCAUGAUCACUUCAUUAGCACCGCCUUACACUAGCAUGUAAGGCGGUGCUUCCAUCAGUGUACUGAAGAAAGGUAUAAAAGCAACCUUUUACAAUGUUGAAAGUAUUCAGCUCAAGGUGAACAUCUUGAUGAAGAACUUCAGUUGUCUUUCUUUCCAUCUUCGUCCAGUUUGUGAUUUUGUCUCUUUGUACGUAUGAGAGCUGGAUACUGUGGCUACUGCAGUAGUUAUUUCCUAUGACUGUCCAUAUUUGCUCAAAUAGAUGCACAUGUAUGUAAAGCUUCUUAGUAUCACAUCACGGUAGCUUUACAAGUUUGUUGGAUGUUUUACCUCUUUGUAAAUUUUAUGGUGGAGUCGGUAGCACUGAGAGACAACACAAUAUAGAGAUGUUUGAACAUGAAAA